AUGAAGCUGUGGGCGCGCUUGAUUUUGUCGUUCGUGUUCCUGUGGUCGCUGGCGAUUCAAGGAUCAUGCGAGAGUCAAACAAAGUCUGUUUCGAAUGCUCGACAUCGAUCUGAGAAACCGAAUCCCGAUGGCUUUACGACCGGCGAAAAGAAUGGCUGGGAAGAUGCGGAAGCUGGAAAAGAGCUUGUUGACUCCGCGUUACGAAAACUUCGAGCGAUAAAGAUUUCUACAGUGACACAGGAUAGACCUUCGGGAGUGAUCGGAUAUGCUUUGCACUAUGCCAAACGCGCAUUCUAUCUCUUGUUCAUGAAUGGGCCAUCGCUGGACGACGAAUCACGAUCUACAAGUCGAUCAAAUAAACCCCUCCCGGAGCUAGUGGAAGUCAUUCAUGAAUUGGAGGUUGCAGCAGAAACAUCCGGAAAUGCAGACGCAAUGCUUCUUCUCGCCGACAUGAACUUUUACGGCAAUUUCUCACACCCGCGCAACUUCAAAGAAGCAUUUAAGUGGUACCAAGAGCUUGCUUCAUCGACCGGAAAUAGUACGGCACAAUACAUGGUCGGAUUCAUGUAUGCAACCGGCAUUGGCGAUGCAGUUGAGUGGGAUCAAGGAAUGGCAUUGUUGUAUCACACUUUUGCUGCUGAGCAAGGAAACACCAGAUCUCAGAUGACUCUUGCUUUUCGUCAUCACGUUGGUAUUGGCGGCUCGAGAGACUGUGAUCAGGCCGUGCACUACUACAAGCAGGUUGCCGAUAAAGCUAUUGACUAUUUACGAUCUGGCCCCCCUGGUGGCCGGGUUAUGGUUCGGGAAUCGUAUCGAUGGGCAGAUGAUGUCGGCGGUAUAUAUGGAGAAGGUGCAAGUUUUUCCAGCUCGGGGCCCAACGCUCAUAGAGAUGCCGGACAUUCAAGCGCAGAUGCCAACUUGGAAGACAUUCUCGAGUAUCUAGACUUGUUAUCUAAAAAGGGUGAGCUCAAGGCAACUUUGAGUCUAGGUAAGAUGCAUUACGACGGUGCCAGGACGUUGCCACGCAAUUACCGCAAGGCUAUGAAGUAUUUCAGAGCCGUCACGAAGAAAUAUUGGACGAAAGACGGUGAUAUUCUUGCCAACCACCCCAUAGGAACUGAAAAGAUAGCAGCUAAAGCUGCAGGCUACAUUGGAAUGAUGUAUCUGCGAGGAGAAGACGUUGAACAAAACUUUACAACAGCCAUGCUAUGGUUCAAGCGUGGUCUUGCAAACGGCGAUGCCUUGUGUCAGUACGAAAUCGGACUUAUGUACUUGCAUGGCUAUGGAGUACCGAAGGAUGCGUUCAGAGCCGCGGAGUAUUUCAAGGCUGCUGCUGAACAGGACUUCCCCGCUGCACAGACAAGAUUUGGUGCGUUGUUCCUUGAUCAAGGCGACGUACAAACAGCGACCAAGUACUUUGAGCUCGCUGCCCGCUGGGGUUGGAUGGAAGCGUUCUACUAUCUCGCAGAGAUUGUCAAUUUCGGUGUUGGCCGAGAACGACACUGUGGAAUGGCCUCGGCAUACUAUAAAAUGGUUGCGGAGAAGGCUGAAGAAGUUCAUUCUUCGUUCAUCGAGGCCAAUAACGCGUAUGAGAAUGGCGACCGUGAGACGGCGUUGAUUGCUGUCAUGAUGGCCGCCGAACAGGGCUAUGAGAAUGCACAAGCCAACGUUGCCUACCUUCUAGAUGAACAGCGAUCAGUCUUUUCUCUUGAUAGAGUUCUGCCGUGGACAACGAAGAAACCCCGCCCAUCACUACUUCGGAACGCGGCACUAGCGCUUAUAUACUGGACCCGAUCAGCGCGACAAUCGAAUGUUGACUCUUUACUGAAAAUGGGAGAUUACUACCUGGGGGGGCUUGGAAUUCCGUCUGAUCCUGAAAAAGCCUCUACGUGCUAUCAUACCGCGGCUGAAGGGCAUCACAGCGCACAAGCGUUCUGGAAUUUGGGCUGGAUGCAUGAGAAUGGUGUUGCAGUAGAACAGGACUUUCACAUGGCCAAACGCUACUAUGAUCUUGCGCUUGCCACAAACCAAGAAGCUUAUUUUCCCGUGAAGCUCAGUCUGAUCAAGCUCCGUAUUCGUCAUUUGUGGAAUCGCAUCACCAAUGGCAAAAUUAAACCUAUCCAGGAUGAAAAGGAAUCAAAAGCACCGAGAACCUUCAAAGAAUGGGUCAUCGCAUUCCUCGAAAACGACGAAGAAGAAGCCCAGCAAUACGCUCAACUCCUUCGGGAGCGCGAAGAGGAGGCAGAACUCAUCGGAACACAUCACCGCCAUGCAGAGAAUGACGAUACAGGCUAUUACGACGAGCUCGAACUCGAUAUAGACGAGAGUGUCUUGGAAGCACUCGUCAUAGUUGCCCUUGCAGCCACGCUAUUGAUUUUAGUCUAUAUCAGGCAGCAGCGUAACCGACAAAGAGAUAAUGGAAAUAGACAACAACAGCAGCAGCAACAACAAGCAGCUGGCGCUAAUGCGAACAACAAUGGCAACAAUAAUAAUGAUAGAGGGUUCUUUCCUCAACCAGAUCAGCCAGAGUUUGCCCAGUGGGUUGCAGGAGGAGUUGGGCAUUGA